AUGUCUAAUCGUCGGGAGCUUCAAGGGACUGACAGUUCCUGGACAAGUUCGCUUGCCGACGCCCUACAACAAAACCUCCAGCUGGAAGACAAGCUUCGGAGAGACGAAAACGAAACACCACAAGCGAGGCUCCAGCGAAUGCUUUCGACCAGGUCGGUCAUAUCAACCUCUUCCUCCUUUGCUGAGCGCCAGCAAGCGGCUAUCGGGUCCAGAAACCCUUUCCGGGAAAUUGGUGUGGGCUCGAUCGGAAAAGUAUUUGAGCAACCGGGAACACCUUGGGCUUUCAAAGUCCUUCUAAUCGACCGGACGGAGAAGCUUUGGAACAACUAUGUGAUGCACCUCCGAAUCCAGCAGAGUUUCGAUAAAUUGGGCGAAAUCCCGGGCCUUGUGGAAAUCCCCCGAGUGGCAUGGUUCGCUGACAAGGAUUCGGAGUUCUGGCCAGAGAACCUUCACCUAUUCCCCAACGAAACCGGCUUCCCAAGGCAAGCCCGGGAGGUCAUGUGCAUGGAGAGAGUCUUCCCUUUGCCCCAGCCAGUAAGAAACGCUCUUAUAGAGCUAUUUUGUAACCCGAUCAACGCGCCAGCGGCCAAGAACGACCCACUCAACAAAGACUGCCUUAUUCGUCUUUUUUUAGGUCGAAAGCGCGUUGGGACUUCGCGACCCGGUGGCAGUAUGUUCUUUUCUCUGCGAAACUACAAGCUGCACGCCGAUCAGAUCCAAGAGCUUCAGCUUGACGCAGAUGAGUACGCCAGAAACAUGGCUGAUGCGCUCGCAGUGCUCCACUGGCAUACAAAUAUUGAUACCAUGGAUCUUGAAUUUGUCCUUGGGAGUUCGCCUUUUGAUCAAAAUGCUGUCCGACGACAGAUGCGUCUUCCAGACAUUGAACGGCUGCGCCCGGGAACCAGCACUUUUGAACACACAACGAACGCCUCCCUGAACUUCAAGAAACGCAUUGUUAGCCUCUGGCUUAUUGACUUCGAUGCUUGUGCCCCAAUUACGAUGAAUGCGGCGGGUGUGCAGCAAGCUGCCAAGGCAUUCAUGGAAAACGACCCUUAUUACCCACGGCCAUUCUCAAACGAUACCUACAUGGAAAACCUGUCGCGAAUUUUUUCGCAGAGGUAUGUCGAGACAGGGAAGAAGAUUACCAUUGGAUCAUCUCAAGGACUACCCGCGCAGUUUGUCCAAGAAGUGGUUAAGAGGUUCUCGCAACGGUCCCAGUCCUCUCGAUCCGGGGACCUUCAGGCGGCUGCUACUUCUAGUGCGUCGGCCGGAAGAGGACAGCAACCUUCGUAUCAAAGAGGAGGACCCGUCGGUGGGCAAUCUAGACGUGGGCAUGGAGGGCAGCGAGGUACGACUGGAGGCACUGGCCAAAGUGCUAGAGGCAGAACUCCCACCCCCCAGAACAGAGGAACCAGAGAUCAAGGACCAACCGCUGAUGAACCUGCCUCACCUCGUACACCCAGGGGUCGGGGCCAUGGACGUCGCUGAGCUGGGUGGCACCAUGGAAAGAUGAGAUGAAAGCAGAUAACAUGGUGUAAAUAAUUACCAGAAAGUAUCAGCUCCGAAUCGAGCCCGACAAUGGAUUUCAU